GCAAUGACUUGAUUAAAAAUGAAAGAUGGAAGUUGAUACUAGUACUAACCUGAAUUUCUAGGCCUAAGAAUGGCCUUUUCCCGAAUCAAUCUUCAAAUUCGCUCCUUCAAUCUCCAAUGAACUUCGGCUAAGAGCCAGAACCAAAAACUGUUUGGGAUGUCAAUAUUUCUCUUUUUUGUAGAGUUUUUUCUUCUUCCAUUCGUCCCCCUCAACAGAGAGCCCAAUGAGCUCAUUUAAUAGCAAAACUAUCCGCCACGUGUCACAUGAUAAUUUGCCGUUACUGAAGCUGAAACUAGCGUGCUUCCUUCUGAUUGGUCGAAUUUUAUGGCUGAAUCUUAACCCUCCACCUGCAAAGUCGGUUGCUGAGUGGCUGUGUUGGAGAGCUCCACCUUGCUUGGUCGGCUCUGACUUGUUAGGGUAUGGAUAGGGUUGGCAUAUGAUUUCGGGCCGAGCUGGCCGAAAUGGGCCUAGAGAUGUUUGCGAUUUGGUCUUCGUCUGGGCUCGAAAUGGGCUUCUUCCAGUCUUUCACUUGGGCCAAACUGGGCUCUGAUUCUUGGUACUGAUUUAUGGGCUUGACCUUGUUGACUUUGAAUUCUAGCUUGGGCCUGUCUUGACUGAUUUUCUCUGAUUUUGCAGGCUGCUUUUGCUGGUCUGGGCUCCCCGGUUAUGGGCCAUGCUUGGAUUCUUGAUACGAGAAUAGGAGUAGAUUGUUUCCUUUCAACUUGUAUUUUGUAUUUGAGGAUGAUAGUUGUACAAAUUGAAAUUUCUUGUAAUGUUUGAUUAUCGUGGCGAUCUUUUAUUUUUCUUUGUAGAGAUAUUCUUUUAGCCUUUACCAUCGAGCUUUGAAUAAUUCUUUAAUACGAAUCCCUAAACAUGACCCAUAUCGCUCCUUGAUUUGUUUUCAUUAACCAAGUUUACUGUGCCACGCUUCUCGAUUGAAAGUGGAGUUUGAUGUUUCUAUGAUAGAUAUCAGACCGGACAAAAUGUGGUGUCUACAUCACCUAUCAUGAACUUUUACGUACGGUAAAGUGAACUUCAUCCUGGUUACCUUCUGUUUUACGGUGCAAACUAGUAGGUCUUAUUACCAAGAACCAAAGAUACUCCGAACACAACCAAGCAGGAAUAUGAAAGCCUAUCAUACCAAUAGGAUACCACAAAAGGGCUUUUCUUGCCACUAUAUGGGUGUCAGUUAGAAUGACCAUCUUAAUUAGUUCAGUGAUGGAACUAUGUGUAAUUUCAGAUGGGCUACAGUAGGCCCUUCAGUAUAUAAUGUGGUUCUCAUAUGUUUAUUCAUAUGUUAGGAAAACAUUAUAAAGUGACAAGAUAACUGACUAUUAUAAAGCACAAAGCUUUUCUCCAUUAACUGGUUAACGGUGUUUGCGAGUAAUGGAAUUCACUUUUGCCAUCUCCUAAGUGAUAGAAACAGAGCUGUUUAUUGGGUGUAGCUGGUAAUUGUGGUGAAUGUUUCAGCCUUUCAUCCUUGUUCAUCACUACUUGAAUCUGGAAUAUUGAGGUGGAGUACUUUCCACGUUUUUAUUUUAUCUCUUGUUUAGGUACCUAGAGAUGCAGGCUUCUCCAUCACAAAAGGCUACUUGUGAUUAUCACAUAUUUAAUGCAUUCUUCUACAACAAGCUUAAACAGCAGUUGUCACGAAAGGGAGGUGAAAAGGAAUCCUUCUUUGUCAAGUUUAGAAGAUGGUGGAAGGGUGUGAACUUAUUUGAGAAGGCAUACAUACUGAUUCCUAUACACGAAGAUCUACACUGGAGCUUGGUGAUCAUCUGUUUCCCAGAGAAGAAGGACAACAGAUCAGGACCAAUGUUGCUUCAUUUGGACUCAUUAAAGCUCCACUAUAGCAGAGUUGUAUUGGAGGAUAUAACUAGCUUUUUGAGAGAAGAAUGGCAAUAUUUACAUCAAGAAGUUGCUCGUCAGUCAGAUGUUGAGAUCUCUGACAAAAUAUGGAAGCGUCUUCAUAACAUUUCUUCAAGAAGAAUCGAGGUUCCACAACAGAAAAAUGAUUAUGAUUGCGGUAUCUUUGUACUUUAUUUCAUGGAGCACUUCAUUGACGAAGCCCCGGAGAGGCUGAAAGAAGUGGAUCUGGACAUGUUCGGCAAGCAAUGGUUCAAACCUGAAGAGGCAUCUCGCUUGAGAAAGAAAAUAAGAGAUUUGCUCAAGACCGAGUUUCGUAAAUUAAGAAAGCGCAGCAUUGCUUGCGAAUCAUUGGCUGUCCCUUCCGGAGGAUCAACUUCAGCAGAAAACAGUAAUUCAACUGAGUCGUCAUGACUUUGUACAGCUCAGAUUCAGGGUAAAGAAGCACAACAAUGAGUUAGCUAUGUACAUCCCGAGAAAGAGGAGAGGAAAAUUGUGGAUACCCAUUUUAUCUUGGGCUUGAAAUAACAAUAGGUAGAGUAAGAUCGAGUUCUGAAGCCCCUCUUCUCUUUCUCUCUUUUUGCGGGUUUUGGCUUCACCAUCAAAGACAAAGUGUACAAAUAUAGGGAAGUACAGUAGUUGCGGGAAUUUUGGCACAUAAAGACAGAGUAGUGUCCACCAUUCUUAGCAGUUCAAAAGACUGCUGUACCUCUCUGGAUGAUCAUCUUUUCAUACAUGAAGUACAGUAGCCCUCCGUUUUUGCAAUUCAUUUCUAGAGACACAAGCAGUGUGGAGGGAGGAAAGGUGAAGUGUUGUUUUCUUUUUUCGUAAUGGUGAGCAGGUCAAUGGUGGCCUCUAACACCACGUCCUUCAAAGCUGGUCUCUUCUUCCCAGCAUUGCUUCAUGGUCCCUGCCAGCGACUCUGGAGAGUGCCCGGUACCUCUUAUGUCGAUUUUGUCAUAUAUCCAGAAAGUGAUGCUUGAUUGUCGUAAGAACUGCUGGUAGUUGUUUGUGUUUGCAUUGUGAAUGCUGAUCAUGCUGAGAUCACAUUUUUCUAUAGCGUUUGCCAACGCGAGUCUUAUGUUUAUGCAUAUUGUUUGCCAAUGCGUGAAAUUGCAUUUUUAUAUAGCGUUUGCCAACGCGGAGACGUAUUUCUAUAGCGUUCGCCAACGCAGGAAUGUAUUUAUAUAUAGCGUUCGCCAACGCGGGAAAUUACAUUUUUAUAUAGCGUUUGCCAACGCGGGAACGUGUUUAUAUAGCGCUCGCCAACGCGGCGACGUGUUUUUAUAGCGCUCGCCAACGCAGGACGUGUUUAUAUAGCGUUCGCCAACGCGGGGACGUGUUUGUAUAGCGCUCGCCAACGCGUGGACGUGUUUCUAUAGCGCUCGCCAACGCGGGGACGUGUUUAUAUAGCGUUCGCCAACGCGGGGGACUUAAGGUUUUCUAGUACGAAAUUAGAUGCGAUAUUUUCUUGGAUCUUGGUAGACUUUGAAAGUUGAAACAGACAACUUCUGAGGUUCUGAUGAGAUGCUCAAUGCAUGUGUAAAAUAAAGAUGCACUUGUUUUUUUUAGAAAUGACAGUAUGAUGUAUCAUGUUGAAUAAUGAUGUCAUGAAUGUAAAAUACAUUGUUUUAGUUGUUGGUCCUGGGUUUCUUUAAAUCGAUCAUCCGCCAGGAAUUUUGUCAUCGUCUUUGGAAGACUUGAUCGUUAGUUGAGAUCGAAACUCGAUAGUGAGAGCUCUUGGGUAUCCGCCUCUAUGGUGCAGAGGUAGGGAUAUUGGGUACUUUGUUGCUUUGGUGCAUGAUGUGUGGGAAACCCAACCUCUUAGGCUUAGGGUUUGGAAUAAUUAGCUCGGCCAGGGGGCACUGCCCUUGGUGGUAUUUGUUGCAAUGUAAGCGAUAUUUGCUUGGUUAAGAAGAUCUAUCAUCUUGAGGUAUGUCUUGUUAGGAUUGGCUUUUCAUAAUAUACUUUUGAUUGAGCCUAUCUCGGAUAUAGGGAACCCUGAGGUACCAUGUCGUUCUGUCUUUCUUUCUUGAUGCCCAAUGUAGGCCACAUGGGUCUCUUAUGAGGUUGUCUUUCUUGGUGACAGAGUAUAUUGUGCUUCUUCUUGUCAGUAUGUCAUCCAAGAAAAAUUUAGCUGACCACCUGGUCUCAUGGAACUUGAGUGUCUCCGAGUUCUUCAAAAUUUCUUCACAAAUAGGGGGCUGAAAGUUGAGUAGUCUAGCUACUUAGUCCCUUGAACUUUCUUUAAGUUACCCCCAAUUUGCCCCCAAGGAUAUCUUACUCAUUUUCCAUCUUCCGGAACGAAGAGUGAUUUUUAUCAUCCUCGACUUGGGAUAAAUGCAACAACGUGUG